AUGUUCCAAUUAGGCGGUAGAAGAUUUGAAUUAAGAAACAGAAUUAUCCAACAAAUGGAAGAAAAACCCAUAGUUUUAAAACAGGACCAACCUUCCACUUCGGGGUUGGAACAGAAAAGAAAAAACGACGGGGUUCUUCUAGUUCAAGCUCAGAAAGCGAAAUUGGCUAGUUCAUCUUCAGACGAAUCCGAAGGAAGUGAUGCUGAAUGUUUAUUUUGCUCGGGGAGAUUUUUCGAGGACAAGCAUUGCGAGCAAUGGGCAAAAUGUGUUCACUGCGGCAGGUGGGCCCAUGAAGAUACUAAUUUUAUAUGUUCUUUCUGCGAAGAAAAGAGAUUUUUGAGUAGUAUCCCAAAUUAG